GCACUAGUCCUCUUCAAAAACAAAGACAUCACAACUCAUGGCUUCCUCAUUAUUGCAUUCCACCCUCCUCUUCUCUCUCCUAUUGAUCUCUUCGGCAUUCGCACAGACCUCUUUUAGGCCCAAAGCACUUAUUCUUCCAGUCCAAAAAGACCCUUCUACCCUCCAAUAUCUCACCAAUCUCAACCAGAGGACUCCUCUUGUCCCUGUCAACUUAACACUAGACCUUGGUGGCCAGUUUUUAUGGGUAAACUGUGAGCAAGGCUAUUCCUCCUCCUCUUACCGCCCUGCUAGGUGCGGCUCCGCCCAAUGCUCACUUGCUGGCUCUAAAUCAUGCACCACAGAGUGCUACUCUGCCCCUAAGCCAGGGUGCUACAACAACACAUGCGGUCUCCUACCCGACAACACCGUCACACACACCUCUACGGGCGGUGAUCUUGGUUCCGAUAUUGUCACUGUUGAAUCCACUGACGGGAAGAACCCCGGGAAGGUUGUCUCUGUGCCUCAUUUCCUCUUUGUUUGUGGGUCUACAUCUCUGUUGGAAGGCCUUGCCAGUGGUGUCAAGGGCAUGGCUGGCCUUGGAAGGACUAAAAUUUCACUCCCUUCUCAAUUCUCUACAGCUUUUAGCUUUCACAAAAAGUUCGCUAUCUGUUUGAGCUCUUCAACAAGAUCUAAUGGCGUUGCGAUCUUUGGUGAUGGACCGUAUAUGUUUCUUCCUAAUAUUGAUGCCUCAACCUCUCUUGUUUACACCCCUCUCAUCCGCAACCCGGUAAGCACUGCCUCGGCUUCUUUUUCUGGUGAUGCCUCUUCGGAUUACUUCAUCGGAGUCAAAUCCAUCAAGAUUGGCGAAAAAAACGUACCCAUAAACACUACUUUGCUAACCAUUGACAGUGAAGGCAAUGGUGGAACCAAGAUUAGCACUGUCAAUCCCUACACAGUCUUGGAGACUUCGAUCUACAAAGCUGUCACUAAGUUUUUCAUCAAUGAGCUCUCUGGCGUCCCAAGAGUGGCAUCGGUAGCACCUUUCGAGGCAUGUUUUAACUCCAAGAACAUAUCAAGCACGCGGGUUGGGCCAGGUGUGCCUGCCAUUUUUCUUGUAUUGCAGAGUGAAACUGUGUUUUGGAGUAUCUAUGGUGCCAACUCAAUGGUGCAGGUGAGUGAUGAUGUUUUGUGCCUAGGAUUUGUGGAUGGUGGUGCAAAGCCAAGGACUUCUAUUGUGAUUGGAGGGUACCAACUUGAGGACAAUCUUCUACAGUUUGAUCUUGCAGCAUCAAGGCUAGGGUUCAGCUCAUCACUGUUUUUUAGGCGAACAACUUGUGCCAACUUCAACUUCACAUCCAAUGCUUAGAAGCAUGAAUUAAUGUUUGUAUACAUUGUCACAAUUUAAAUAAGAGGCCAUAUGAUUGCUUGAGGUAGCCUCACAUAUGUAUGCAUUUGUUAAUGCAACUAUUUUCAAUAAAUUUGGUGCAUUAGAUUGUUAA